AUGGCAUCAGAGCAGAGAAUUGAGUAUGUUCUCAAGCACGUGGCUUUGGGGUCAGACCACUACGCGCUGCUCCAUGGCAACAUUUUGGCCAGGUUGGAAGCUGCUUGCCCUUCUAAGCUACCACAGUGUCCAGUUGAACGUGUUCGACGGCUUCUUGUUGUUACGAACGGGACUGCCGAGCACAUCAAGGGCCUCUACAAGAACAUUGUGCGGAUCAUACACCCUGACAAGUGCGCAGAGAAAGAUUCGGAGAAUGCAACCAAAGCCAUUCAGGCUGUGAACGAUGCUUGGGCCGUGCUUCGGGAUCAAAAGUCACGGCAGGCAUACAACCAGAGAGUGGUGGCAGAUGCUUUGUCCGAAGAAUCCAAGUUCAAAAAGUCAAAGUCAGUCAUUGAGAUCGCAGAGAGGUACAAAUCACAGGCGGCAGCUAAGGCAGCUGCCAAAGCGGCAGCUAAGGCAGCAGUGAAGGCGAAGGCCAAGAGCAAGGCAGCCGAGGAAGUGCACAUGGCAUGUGGGAAGGCAAGCAGUUCCUCCAGCAAAGGGCCUGAUGCCAGUAAGUCUAGCACAGCUCCAUCGGCAAGUUCAUCAGGCAAAACACCAAGUUGGGUGUACUGCAUGCUGACAGAACAAAAGACUGUGAUUGUAUGCAAACCUCAGCUCUCCAAGGGUCUGCAACGGAGGUUUGAACAUAAAGCUUGGGCUGGUUCUGCCCAUGCACUGCGUGUUGCCCGGGAAUUCCAAGAUUCCUGUGAGACUAUGCUGACUAAAACCCUCAGCAUGACCAAGUUGGACCAGCUGAAGAACUUUUGCGGAGAGAACGACAUCAAAAUCCCAAGUGGAACCCGCUUGUCGAAGCAUUUUCUCAACGAUACCAUUGAGCAGGCUUUCUACGCUGGUUCUUGCAAGAGCAUCGAGGAGAAGUUGCGGAAGGCCUACCAGAAGUCUACUGGAGCUGAUGCGACCACUGAAGGAUCAGCAACCAUGACCCACGGAAUUGUGGUUGACAAGUGCACCAACAAGUUUAUGGCAACCUACAAAGUGAGCAAGGAACAUGGAUCCAUUUCCAAGAUUUUUGACACACGGCAAGAUGCGGAGUUUUGGUUUGACAGCCUGAAUGCUUUGAUGAAGCAGGGACGUCUUGCUGGCAACCUUUCAGCAUUGCGUCAGGCUGCUGCCACUCGGAAAGCUACUGCUGCAGCCAUCAACAAAAUCAUGGAAGAGAACAUUUCUUUGGAGCCUGAAUCAAGAGAUGCAUACAAGAGGGAGGUCAAGGAAGGCAAGGACGUCUUCGACAAGAUCUUCAAGAAGAGUUCGGGCUCUGGGUUGCGGCGUGCGAGUGUCCACCUUUUCAAAGCAUCCUCUGAUCAGCUGCAAGAAUGUGCCGGGAAAGGCGUGGUGAACGGAGUUCUGUGUGGCUCGUGGCAUGCAAGCCUUGGGUGGCGUCCAACGACAAUCAUUGUUUUCGGGUCGGGCUUUGACAAGGAUUCUGCAGACGCUUUUGUGGCGAAGUCGGGAUUGACAAAGCUUGGGGUCAUUUCCUGCAGUGACAGCCCGAAGCCUAGUGAGGGUGAUUUCGCAAAGUUUGCACAGGUUGCCAAAACUUCGGAGUGCAAAAACUGUGUGAUGUGGCAUUUGGUCCAGGAACGGUUCCAAGUCUCAUCCCGCUUCUUCCAGCACAAUCCUGACACCAAAGUGCCAGAGGAAGUUUCCAUGGAGUUCAUUAGUCGCCGUUUGAACGGGGAGGAUGUCCGCAUUUUGGGUUUGGAUGAGAAGGUACGGGAAGCUUUGGCAGCCAAAAUCUCCAGGCCAAAGACGCUCAGAUUCAGUGUGGGCAAGGUCCCUCCAGACGGCCGCUGUUUCUGGUACUCUUGGUUGGCAAGUGUGCUUUCUGACGAGUGGUGGGCCAUUGAGCGCAACAAGACUGGAUAUGCAUUGAACCGCGAGCAGCUCUUGACUGAGGAGAACAUGGGGCAGCGCUUGCUGGAUGAAGUCAUGGACAAGAUGAUCUCUAUUGCAUCUACUGAUGAGGCGCUGGCCUCGUACGAGGAUGUGAAGGAGAGCAAGCAAAUGACUCUCGAUUUGGCCCACGUUGUGGGUCUCGCUUUCGGGUGCCGUUUCCGCAUCUCACUCGCCGAGAAUGCGCAGAAGGAUGAUUAUCCAGCUGAUGCCAUGUAUGGACAACCAGAUGGUCACUUCUACUUCCGGUAUCUGCAGAAACAUGUUGGCCACUUCGAUGUCUUGCGUGAAGAUGACGGCAAGCUUCGAGGCUAUCAGUUGAUGGGUUUAAGGCAGUAG